AUGAAGUUCUCAACCUCGACGACCGCCGAGGACCAGGCCACCGUCCACCUUCGUGUGCACACCGUCGAACAGAGCCCCGAUGGUGGUGUUUGCUACCAGGCCUGUCCCUCAGGCCAGUACUGCCCUCGUGGCGAGUACGCCUGCCGUGUCCCGACUGGCGGCCAGUGCUUCAACCCUGCCACCAGCCUCUUUAUCGACGCCUGCGACCCUGGCUUCAAGUGCGACAACGGCAAGUGCGUCUACGCUUAA